UUUGCCUGUCAGUAGUUCUGUCAAUUACCCUGCAUGGGAGGCUGAUGGGUUGGGUUUGUUCGUCUGGGGGAAAGACGAUGUGCGAUCGAGAAGAAGGCCGCGUGAACAUGUGACCCAACGUCAUUCUCGUCGGCGGCUGCGGCUUCGUCGCCAUCACUCAACGAAGACUCGCAUCGCUCCCCACGGCGAAACCAGGACGGUGACCGCCUUCAUGAGUUCUCAUUCUGACUCUUGAGCGUCCAAUUGCUCGCAGAUCUUGACUCCGCCGCAUCGCAGGAACCAGCCUGUCUCAUCCAUGCAGCCAGCGACAUAGCUCCAUCGACAGGCUCGACCAUGUGGUUCCUGACAGACCCAGACAAAAUGAAGCACCCUCCGUGGCUUCUCAAAUUCCGUUCCUCCACUGCCUUCAUCAUUGCGACAGUAUGGACCUCGUCAUUUACGGACUACUUCCUCUAUGCGAUGAUCGUCCCCGUCAUGCCAACCGCCCUCGUCGACCGCGCCAACGUUCCCUACGAUGACCGAGAACACUGGGUCAGCAUCCUCCUCAUCUGCGAGGCCGCUGUCGCAUUCGUCUGUUGCCCCAUCUUCGGCUACCUGAUCGACGUCGCGCCCACGCGCCAACUCCCAUACCUGCUCGGGCUGAUCCUCCUCGGCGCAUCCAUGCUCCUCCUCUCGCUCGCACACACCGUCGACAUCUUCGUGGUCGCCCGCCUCCUCCAAGGCGGCGCGACCGCCAUGGUAGCCGUCGCCGGAUUAGCCCUACUCACAGACUCCGUCUCGUCCUCCAACCUCGGCCAUGCAAUCGGGUACCUAGGGUCGGCAGUUGCGCUAGGCUUUAUGCUCGGCCCGCUGCUGGGAGGGCUGGUGUACCGGGUCGCGGGCUAUCAGCCUGUGUUUGCGAUGGCGUUUGCCAUUGUGGCCGUGGACAUGGUGAUGCGCGUCGCAGUCAUCGAGAAGAGGGUCGCGAAGCGCUGGAUCCCAAUAUCAACCGAGGAGUCUACUAUAUCCGAAUCCGAUCACCACCAGUCGCAGACAUCGCACCCAGAUGAUGAUCCAGACAAUGACCUCGCCCCCAAGCGCCGCGAGAAACCAGCACUCUUUCUCCUGAUCCAGCAGCCGCGUAUCCUCAUCUCCUCUUGGGGCCUCCUCGUCCACGGAAUCAUAUUCGCGGCCUUUGACGCCACAAUCCCCAUCUUCGUUGAAUCGCACUUCAACUGGACCCCUCUAGGCGCAGGGCUCACCUUUCUCCCAUCCUCCCUAACCGCCCUGCUAGAGCCCUACUUCGGCCGCCUAACCGACCGCCUCACCCCACGCCCCAUCGCAACGCUCUCAUUCCUCCUCCUCCCCAUCCCCCUCUGCCUCCUCAGCCUCGUAACCACCAACACAACCCCCAAAUCAUCCUCUUCCUCGUCCUCCUGACCCUCACCGGCCUGCUCAUCAACAUGUGCAUCCCCGCCCUCUACCUCGAGACCCAGCAGGUGCUGGAGCUCAUGGAGCGGCGCAGACCGGGCGUGUUUGGCCCUCGCGGCGCCGUCGCCCAGGCGUUUGGCAUCCAGACUAUGGCGCAGUUUCUGGGGCUGAGUUUGGGGCCGUUGGCCGGGCUGUUGGAGGGGUGGUUGGGGUGGAG